AUUGGCUGCUGGUGCGGGCGGAGGUUUGGAGUGAGGGUAGCACGUUGCGAUGGAGGCUGAUCGUGAGAUGGAGGCUGAUCAUGAGAUGGAGGAUGAUCUUCAGUGCGGCAGCACAAGGCCUGAGCUCGAUGUUGAGCCCGUUGAGCCCGAUGUUGAGCCCGAUGUUGAGCCCGAUGUCCGGUCGGAAUCCGAGAUUGAGCCAGGUCUGGGUCCCCGGGGAAUGGAUCUUGUGUGGAGUGCGUGGUGCGGGAAGUGCGUCAAAGAGAAAGGGUCGUCGCCACUCUGGGCCCAGCGCAUCGUGGUCGCCUGGCUCAGCAGGGCCGAGUGGGAUCAGGUGAUGGUGUAUCUGUUCAGUGACGACUAUAAAUUGCAGCGGUACGCGCUGAACCGCAUCACGGUGUGGAGGAGCAGGUUAGGCAACGAACUCCCCCUGGCAGUGGCUUCUACUGCUGACCUGGUACGCUGUAAGCUCAUGGAUGUAACUGGUGGCUUGGGCACUGAUGAACUUAGACUGCUCUAUGGCAUGGCAUUGGUCAGGUUUGUGAACCUUAUCUCGGAGAGGAAGACAAAGUUUGCCAAGCUCCCUCUCAAAUUCCUGGCUCAGGAGGUGAACAUUCCGGAUUGGAUUGUUGAACUUCGCCAUGAGUUAACCCACAAGAAAAUGCCCCAUAUAAAUGACUGCCGUAGGGGCUGUUAUUUUGUCCUGGAUUGGCUCCAGAACACCUAUUGGUGCCGCCAAAUGGAGAACAGCCUGAGAGAAACCUGGGAGUUGGAGGAGAGGGAAGAGACAGAUGAAGCAGACCAAGAGGAAGAUAAGAAAAUUGUUGUUGAUGACAUCACAGAACAGAAUCCAGAGCCUAAGGAUGAGGAGAAAGGUGUAGAGCUGAAUGUCAAGGCUGAUGGAGACCGUGAAGGCAACAAAGACAGCAAAGAGGUUGAUCCGCUUUUACAAAAGGCUCUGAGACAUAAACAGUUGUAUGAAAGAGCCCGAGAACUGCUGGUAUCCUAUGAAGAGGAGCAGUUUAAGGUGCUGGAGAAAUAUAGGCAUUUACCUCAGGCCAUUAAAGCGUGGAAUAACCUGUCCCCACCUGUAGAAUGCAUCCUGGCAGAGCUCAAGGGCAUUACACUCGAGAACAGGGAGGCUGUGCUAGAUGCUUUUCUGGAUGACGGCUUUCUCAUCCCCACGUUUGAACAGUUGGCAGCUUUGCAGAUAGAGUAUGAAGAUGGGCAGACUGAGGUCCAGAGAGGGGAAGGUACUGACCCAAAGUCACACAAAAACGUGGACUUGGAUGACGUCCUGGUGCCAAAGCCGUUCUCUCAAUUCUGGCAGCCCCUGCUUAGGGGCCUGCACUCCCAGACCUUCACGCAGGCCCUGUUGGAGAGGAUGCUGUCUGAGCUGCCAGCCUUGGGGAACACUGGGAUCCGGCCGACCUACAUCCUCAGAUGGACCACUGAACUGAUUGUGGCUAACACCAAGACUGGACGAAAUGCCCGCCGGUUUUCUGCCAGCCAGUGGGAAGCGAGAAAGAACUGGAGGCUCUUCAACUGCUCUGCCUCCCUUGAUUGGCCCCAGGUGGUUGAGUCCUGUUUGGGCUCACCUUGCUGGGCCAGCCCCCAACUCCUUCAGCUUGCCUGCAGAGUGGAAGCUGCUGGUCUUGGAGAAGUCUGGACCACAGGGAUCUCCAAACCCAAGCAUACCAGAGGGAUGCGACACAUGCCAGCAGUAAUAGCGGCUCACUUGGGUAUGAUUUCUUGUACACAGAUCCUGCCUUUCCUAGAUAAUCAGUGAGUCGAGUCCUAAUCACACCAUUACACAGGUUGUGAAAUGGGAUUUCCUCAAGUAUUAUGCUGCAAGUCAGUAGUUAAGUCUUCAGGUCAGAGCUGGGACCAGAAUGCAGAUAUACUGUCCUUCCUCCUAUGUUCUUUAUACAGUGUUCCAUUAGAUUGCACAUAUAGAAGAUGACUUUUAUUUUGCCCAGAGGAGAAAUAAAAUAUACCAUUGGCAGUUAAGUGUCAGACAAGUAUGCUGUGUUUGUAGGAGCUUUUUCAUUUUACACAGCAAUCUUUUGGAGUCAUAGAUAUUACAGACACUGAAUUUAAUAGAUAAGAAAGACACUGAGGCUCUGAAUAGAGUGAAGUGACUUAUCUAAAAGUCAUAAAUUUGUUAAUGGUGGGACAGGGAUUUGGGCCCAGGGCUUAUGAGUCCAGAGUUCACCUUAUUUCCACCAGUGUGAUCUGUGACCUUCUCAGUCCCUAGAUGUGACCAGGCAAACCUGAGGAAGGAGAUGGAUUUUAAGAUUCUUAUCACCCCUAUACCUCAGUGGUCAGACUAGACAGCUUAAGAGGGUAAUAAUAAACAGUAGUUAUAUGGUGUCUUACCAAGAUCAAGUGCCUAAGAAUAUUUAUUAUUAAUCAUACUAAUGGACCACAAUGAGAGGGAAAAAAAUUUCUCUCUGGCUUUGCUUCUUAGUAAGGCUGGAAGGUUGUUGAGAGCUUUUUUCCCCCACCCAGCCAAUAUCAAUUCAGUUUGAGCCAGUGCCAUCUUAGAAUAUGAAAUCAGCCCUGCAGAGAGGGUCUCCCAGUCUCCCAGUAGAGUCACUAGCUCCCAGCCCUGUCCCAAGCAGCCAGUGACCAGCAACUACACCUAUGUGGCCGGUUUGCCUGUGGGCCCCAGAGAGAAAAUAGCCCACUGAGCAUAUGGCCCUUCCUUCCAUGAACAACCUACAAUUCAAACUCGAUACACUUAGAAGGAAACUAUCCAUCUGUGCAUCCUUCCCAUGCCUCCAGCAGUGAUCAGGUGUCUGCUAGGUGCCUGGUUCUCUGUGAGGCUCUGCAAAGGAUACUCACCCUCUUCCUCCCCAGGAGCUCUCCUUCCCAGUGGCUUUGUAUCUGAUGGUAGUUUAGUUGUUAGCACUGUUCUUUGUGUGCACGAUGUGAUCAUCUUUAACUUUCCUCUGCCUGCCCCCUACCAUCUGGUCACCAAGCCCUGCUGUCUGUCUGUCUGUCUGUUCUUAACAGCUUCUCUCUCCCCAUCUCCACUGCCAGUGCCCUGUGUGAGUCCUCACUGACUCCCUGGUUCUCCCUGACUUCAGGCUACAGUACCAGGCCAUCCUCCAUAUGGUCACCCUGGCGAUCUUCAGAAAGGCAGCCUUCACCUGUGCUCAGAAACAUCCGAUGACCCCCUCCACCCAACAUCAGAUCAGAUCAGAUCAGUUGCUCAGUCGUGUCCGACUUUUUGUGACCCCAUGAAUUGCAACACACCAGGCCUCCCUGUCCAUCAUCAACUCCCAGAGCUCACUCAGACUCACGUCCAUCGAGUCAGUGAUGCCAUCCAGCCAUCUCAUCCUCUGUCGUCCCCUUCUCCUCUUGCCCCACCCAACAUACACACACCCUAACCUUUGCAGGCUUCUCUUGCUCGCACAGCUCCUUAGCAAAGCUCUACUCCUCAAGCCAGGCUAGUCUCUGCAUACACACAGUCCUGUGUGCUUGUUCUUGUCUCUGCACAAAGCCCUCCCUUGAUCUUUCCUGCCCACCUUGUGCUCUAUGCUUCCCCCCAGCUCUUGUAGUGCCCAAGUCUGCAGUGCUUAUCUGGCCUCCCUCCCACACCCUGCUUUGUCUUUUCAGCUGCUGCUUUUCCUCCAUUCCAGGCUUGGCUGUAGUUGUUCCCAGAAAGGGAUCACACUUUGUGUUCCAUGAGGAAGGAGUACCGCAUACUUCCAGUAUAUCUUUGUAGCUCAGGAUAGAUUGCCUAGCUAAAGAAAGGGAUCUGCCAUUUUCAUGUCCAGCCCUGCAGGCAUGUUGGCUAGUUUCUAUAUUUAUAUAGCAUUUCAGUACGAUUAGUAGCUAUCAUUCAUUGCUUGCUCACUAUGUGCCAGGCACUCUAUGUGAGCUAUCCUAUUUACUUCAUUCAACAACCCUUUAAGUUAGGUACCAUUAUUGUCCUCAUUUUACUGAGAAUGGAAGUGAACCACAGAGAUGAAUUAUAGAGCUUGUUCAGGGUCCAUGGUCCUGUGUUCUGUCUGUUCUUCUGAACUGCCUUUCAGGGCAGGUCUGGAAGCUCAGAGACCAAAUUCAAACUGGAAUUUGGGUAUGAAGUGACUUGAGAUUUUGAA